UCUCUCUCCUGUAGAUUCUCAGCGGGAAUUCAACAGUAGGCCAGGAACAGGAUAUGUACCUGUGGAGUUUUGGAAAAAAACUGAAGAAGCUGUGAAUAAGGUGAAAAUUCAGGCCAUGUCAGAAGUACAGAAAGCCGUUGCUGAGGCAGAGCAAAAAGCCUUUGAAGUGAUUGCUACAGAGAGAGCUCGGAUGGAGCAGACAAUAGCGGAUGUCAAACGGCAGGCCGCAGAGGACGCCUUUCUCGUCAUAAACGAGCAAGAAGAGUCGACGGAGAACUGCUGGAACUGUGGCCGCAAAGCCAGUGAGACCUGCAGUGGCUGCAAUAUCGCACGAUAUUGCGGCUCUUUCUGCCAGCAUAAGGAUUGGGAGCGCCACCACCGCCUCUGUGGCCAGAACCUGCAUGGCCAGAGUCCCCACAGCCAGAGCCGGCCACUGCUUCCUGGAGGGAGGGGCUCCUCAGCCCGGUCUGCCGACUGCAGUGUGCCAAGUCCAGCCCUGGACAAGACCUCAGCAACCACCUCGCGCUCCUCAACACCUGCCUCUGUGACAGCCAUCGACACCAACGGACUCUGAGCCCCAGACUCGCUUCCCCUGAUGACCUCACAGCACGACAGACUCUGCACGGGAGGCUGGCUGCUUGAACCAGUGCAAGUAGCUGUUGGGUCAUCAUCAAGAGAAGUGGAGGCAGGAAGACUUCAAGCCCCAGCAAGCACUGCUCCCCAGCCCCUCCAGACACUUGCCCCAGUUUCCCGUCUGUGUCCUUGGGGGAAGUCGUGUGCACACAGGCAGCUGGCUGGAGCUGCCUCCUCCAUGGCUUCCUGGUUUGUUCCUCUCCCAGCUGAAGCUGGGAUGGCCGGCCACUUUUCUGUGUAGCCCGCCAGCUCCCCUCCCUGCCUCAUGAGGCAGCAGACUGUCGAAUGUGCCCAGCCAGGCUGGAGGCAGCUCACCCCAUGUGCUGUCCCCUACUCCAUUAUCCUCCCACGGCAGAGGCCUGGAGACUGAUAGCAAGCCGGGAGGAGGCCUGUCUCCCAAAGGGAGUUCCCCUUGCCCCUAACAGCUCCUUGAGCCCCAUUUCCACCCUCAGCAGGUGCCACUGAUUGGUCCCGUGGGGACUUGGGCAGGCAAAAAGCAGCACUCAGGACUCCCUCCUCGACCCUGCUGUUCAGACUUAAGAGUCUCAGAAACCACAGGAAAGAAGUCACCAUUUCAGUAAAAGCACCCAUAAUAAAAAAUAAAACUUCCACCAAGCAUCACAGAUCAUUUUGGACAAGAUUUUCUAACCUGGCUGGUUAUUUUAGUUUGGGACCCAUUUUUUUUUUCUCUUAUUUGAUUUUGCUUAUGCAGAAAAUAGUUUUCAGCGCAUGGAUUGGUCUGAGGGAGAAUGAGACUCAAUUGUGGAUAGUCUGUUCCCUCUGAGCAUGUUGGCCAAACUAAUAUCAUCACAUUAUUGAACGGAUCAUCUAUUGGAAAUGCAGAACCUUUUGUCACCACUUGGCUCUUUGCACAGUCAUCUUGUUCUGUGUCCUUUUAUCUCAUACCACGCAUGUCCAGAUCACUGCGUGGAUCUUCUUCCCGUGGUCUCUAUUUGGCGCCUGUGAAGCCGUAGUUGACCCACAGGAUGAGAUGUGGUGUGGCUACGACUUGCCUCACCAGUCAAGGCCUGGUCACUUCUGAGCAACCCUUUUGGACCUGAAGGAAUUCUUCAAACCUUGUCAUUAUGUCCUAUAUCAAUUUAUUAUUGGGCAUACAAUCUGUUUCCCUUCUCUUGUUUUGUUGGUACCUGCCCUCUUUGAGCUAAGAAAAGUUCUGUGAAAUGUGACAACCAUUUGAGAGAGCCUGACCAAGUUUUCUUCCUGUCUUCAGGGAGUUUUCCAGCUGCUUACCUAGCUCUCCGAACAUGACAUCACCUAUAGUCCCUUUAAAACGUUAGGAACUGCCACACACGUUCUUCCCUGUCAUUCAAGUUUUAUUGGGAGCCCAAGGACUCUGACCCUCCCCCACUCCACCUCCAAGCCUUCAGCGCCCUCUUGCAGCAAGGUCCCGCUGGCCCUUGAAAGCUCAGCUUUAGAUGGCCAAUUUCUGUGCAUUGAUCAGAGUGAAUUGAAAGCUCUCAGUAAGGUAUCAGCAUAGGUAACAUUGUCCUUACAUAUAGGUGUAUCUUACUUUAAGAACUUUAAGUCCCUAAUUUACCUUACCCAAGGAUUUUCUGUCUUAAAAGAAACUCAGAACAAGGCACCUUUAAAAUACCUGGAUUUCCGCUACAUAAAGUAAGACAUCCCCAGAGAAAGAAUAACAGAAUAGUUACUUUAUUGUGGAACUCCUUAGCUGUAGCAGUUGGGGUGUCCUGACUAACAGAUGAAAUCAGAACCCCAGACAGGAAUUGCCUACAUUUCCCUGAGACAUGGGAUGUCCCCUGAGAGGAGGUCACUGAGCCUAUAAACCUGUUGCAGCAAGAGGGUGUCUCGUGGUGUCCACUGGGUCUGUCCUCAGCUCCCUCUUUCAUUGGCAAGUUGGAUGAACACCUAGGCAUGUUCUUUAGGUCUUCAGUGGCCACAGGACUAGCCAGGGUAGCUCAGGUUUUUUCAGGUUGGAAUAAGAGCCAAAACCAACCGAAUACUGUUCAUCAGGGCUUGCUGUCAAGCCCUACAGGUAAGGUUUAGGAUUAGUGUGCAGGUAGGUCCUAGCUGACUUUUGUGGAGUGUGGUUCCAAUGACAGCUUAAUUUUCAGAGUUUUUGUAAUGCUAUUCUAAACGGCUUUGCUCAUCUGCUACCCAAAGGCCAAGCUGAAAACUUAGGCAGUGUCCCACACUGAAGUUCAGCUAUCAGGCCUUUUGCUGUAUUAAUUUUGGUCAAUUUCACACAUAGGUUGCCAGGGCAUCUGUCCAAGACUUCCUAUUUAAAUGUAAACAAUCCCUUUCUCCACCUCCCGCUCUUCUGAAAUUCUCCAGCUCUCUGGUUAGGAGAAGGGACACUGUCUUGGGAUAGGGUGAGGGGACUGGAGGGGCAGGGAUGAGUCCAGGUUCCCCACUUGGUUUCCCAUGUCAGCUGAUAACCACUCCAGCUGCCAGGUUGAGGGUGCAGAUUCAGGCUUCCCCCUUUCAUUUAAUUAGAUUUAAAAUAUCUUAAUAUACUCAGACUGCUUAGGGGAUCAACCUUUAUAGUUUGAGGGGACAAAAAAAGACAUAGUGGUGGUACUAAAGGUAUUGUCAGGGCAGUCAUAGGCUCUUCAGUAUUAUCCUAGAAACCAAAUCAAAUGUGACAAGUGAUGGGACAUCAUUGUCCUCUCCCCGGUGAGGAAUGGUUGCAGGAGCCAGAGAAGACCAGAAGUGGCCAACAUGGGAGCUGUCUUUAAAUGUUCUGAGGGAAGCUUGAGGGCUGGAUCCUCAGAUCUUCAAUCAUCCUUUGGGGCCACCUGCCUGCACCAGGCCUGACUCCACCCAGUGGUGAAAACAGACUCAGGUUAGUGCUACCUGCUCAGGAAUAGGCAGCCUUCCUCCUGAGAUGUGAGCACUCCACUUGGGAGCAUCCUUGCAGCCCUCGGGAUGGGGCUCAAGCAGAUCUGCUCAGGCACAGUCAUGCGACCCUGAGGUCACAGCAAGUGCAUCUUCUCUUAGACAGUGCUGAGUCACGUAUGUCUCUCAGUGGAUGUAAGACUGGAAACAAGACCCAUUUCUCUUAGACAGUGCUGAGUCACGUAUGUCUCUCAGUGGAUGUAAGACUGGAAACGACCCAUCUCCCCAGCAUGGGUCCAUGCCUGGCAUCGGCUGCAGUGGGCCCUCUACAGUGUGGAUGACCUUUGUACAUCUGGGCCAGUUGGUCCACCAGGAGUUCCUCACUUCUUGUUGUCAACAUGAGCAUCCUCAGCUUCUAGACAGAAAAUCUACACUUUACUUUGUACAGCCUGUCCCAAAGCCAAAUUGAUCCCCAGCGCUGUCACCUGCUUGCAAAGGGUAGACCUUUUUAUGGGUAGUUCCAGAAGAUAUCUCAGCAAGUGGGCUUGAAGUUUCAGCAACACAAUUGGAAUUGUGUGGUCGUGAGGUCUUCGGGAUGAAAGCAUAAAUAAUGACCAGGUGGCUGUUUGUCCUGGAAAUUGUAGAUGGGAUUAUGGAUUGAGUAAAUCAUUUAAAAUAGAACUCAUCUUGGAGGCUUUCUUCAGCACUGGUUUCCAGGCUCCCAGGUCAAUAGACCAAGCCAAGUUUCUUAGGUUUGUUGGGUUUUUUUUUAAGCUAUUUACAGAGAACUAGGUGGUGGCAGGUUUGAACCAAAUGUAAGAAAAGUUAGACCUGGACUGUUCCAGCAUGGGCCAGCCGGCCAGCUGUCGGGAAGGAGUCCUGCCUGGGGUGGAGUGGGGUGUUGUACAGGGUGAGCUGUUGAAUAGGGCCCUUCCAACUCUGUAGUUAUUGUGAAACCAAAAUGUUGACUACCUGCCUCUUUGCCCACGUGCAUUGACAUGCUCAAUUCCAAAGAUGAUGGUGCAGGCGACCUUUUCCAUCAUGAGCCAGGAGAAGGUUGAGGCCUGAGGGCGGACCUUGCAUCCGCCCUUUGCCUCCACAGCCCCAGAGAUGGAGCUUCCCCUGCUACCCCAUCUGGUUAGACCCACAACUGCCCAGUGUACACUCAUUGAUCCUUAUACCAAAUAGGGCAUGUGCGGCUGGCAGCUGGCAGGGACGGCGCCGUCCCUGCAUUGGAGUUGGCAAGAGAGAAGCAGCAAUAAGCAUUAGGCGAAUGGCUGAAAGUGCCGUUUGGCUAAGAGGCUUUCGAAGUUCCUGAUGAGGCUACAAAAGCUCCAUCCAUAAAAGAAAGCCAAUAAUGUAAAUAAAUAAAAAACUAAGCUUCCAAGCGUGGUUUUUUAAGGGGGAUGAUGAAUGUGAAACCACCCACGGGAUGCGGUAGAAUCGGUUUUUCUGUGCUUUGUCAUUCUACUCUGAUAGGAACUUUUGUUACUUAACUCUGUGCAUAACUUAUUUAAUGUACUGUAUAAAUGAACCAAAACUGUUAAAUAUGUAUUUAGUUUGUUCUACUUAAAGUAGUCAA